AUGAGCGUUAUAGACUACCUAUUAGUCCCAGUGUCACUUUUCCCGAUAGUGCGUCACUUUAUUGUGUCUAAUUUUACAACUUUUUCCGACCACGCAUUUCUACAUAUACAACUUUCAUUACUGUGUAAAAAACAAAAUUCAACACUGUAUCCGGAUGAUGAAGCCAGAGAGAAACUGUCGCAGGACAAAUUUAAAUGGAAUGAUGAAUUAAAAGAACAAUGUAGAGAUUGUUUACUGAAUAAUAUGGAAAAGAUAAAUAUGUGUCGUGAACGCAUUGCCUUUGAUGGGCAGCAAUUACUCGACAAUUCGUUGGCCGAAUUCACUAGUACGUUAAAUGACAUUAUGGCACCAUUUUUUAAAAAGAGGACAAACAACUAUAAAUCUGACAGAUCUAACAUUUGUGAUGAUAAACCUUGGUUUAACGCCCAGUGUAAAGACCUUCAUCGCCGCUAUAUAAAAUGUUUAAAUAUAUUUAAUAGACUAAAAUCACAACUGAACCAUAGUAAUUUAAUCCGAGCGAAAAAGGACUAUAAAACACUAGAACGUCGCCUGAAACGAGAGUAUAUGCGCACUGAAGGAAACAUGUUAGACAUAAUGAGACUUACAAACCCAAAAUUGUUUUACAAGAAAUUUAAAAGGAAAGCGUCUCCUAAACAUGCUGUACCAUUAAAGUUGUUCCAUGAACAUUUUAAGUCAUUGUGCUCAUCAGACACAGAUGAUGUACUGGACGACAGCCAAUUUAAUAACACUGAUGGUGAAUGCGUCUAUGAGGAACUUGAUAGAGAAAUUACAGAAAAUGACAUUUUGAAAGCUAUUCGUAACCUUAAACGUGAUAAAAGUCAUGGAGUUGAUGGAAUUCUUAACGAAUAUUUUAUUGAAUACAAAGAUGUGUUUAUGCCUGUAUUACUGUACAUUUUUAAUGGAAUUUUACAGUCCGGAAUUUUCCCUACGGACUGGGCUAAAGCCAUACUUAUACCUAUAUUCAAGAAGGGUAAUGUGCUUGAUCCGAACAACUACAGAGGGAUUAGUUUAGUCAAAACUGUAUCUGGGUUACAAACAUUACUUGAUACUUUGUAUGAUUAUACCUCCAAAUGCUCACUUAGUGUGAAUAUAGAAAAAACGAAAAUUGUUGUUUUUAGAAAGGGCGGUAAAAUACAUGACAAUGAAAAAUGGUAUUAUAAUAACCAGGAAAUAGAAGUUGUAGAUAAGUUUAGUUAUCUUGGUAUUUUGUUAAAUUUUAAUGGUAGAUAUAAUGUGAUACAGCAGAAACUCUCAGAACAGGCUUUAUACUCUAAUGUAGAAUGUAGUGUACGUAUUAAUGGUAAUAUGACUGACUGGUUUAAUGUUGAUUCUGGAUUGAAACAAGGUUGUGUUUUAUCAUCUAUAAUGUUUAAUAUAUAUAUAAAUAAUUUGGUUGAUGACAUUAAUGCUUUGAAUAUUGGUAUUAAAAUAGAUGAUGAAAAAUUAGCUAUAUUGUUAUAUGCUGAUGAUGUUAUUUUAAUGGCAGAGAAUGAAGAAGAUUUACAAAAAAUGUUGAAUGUGCUUAAUACAUGGUGUCUCAAUAAUGAGCUGACAGUUAAUAUAAAUAAAUCUAAGAUCAUGCAUUUUAGAAAUCCAGCUGUUCUACAAACUAAAUGUAUUUUUUCUAUUGGUGGUAAUAGUAUAGAAUGUGUAAAAUGUUAUCAAUAUUUAGGCUUAUUACUUACUGAAUAUUUAGAUUAUCAGUUAAUGGCUAAGGCAGUAGCGAAGUCAGCCAGUAGAGCAUUAGGAUUAUUAAUUGUAAAGAGUAAAAUGCAUGGUGGUUUCCAGCACAAAAUUUUUUCUAAACUGUAUGAUACAAUGGUAUGGUCAGUUAUUAGUUAUGGCGCAGGUAUUUGGGGAACAAGAGACUUUUCCUGCAUAAAUGCAGUCCAAAACAGGGCCAUGAGAUUUUUCAUGGGUGUUGGCAAAUACACACCAAAUGAUGCCAUAGCUGGUGAUAUGGGCUGGAAACCUCCAUGCAACAGAAGUUCAUUUGCUAAAUUUAGAUGUGGGGUAGCUCCACUAAAACUAGAAACUGGAAGAUAUGAAAAGAAAGAAGUCCACGAGAGGACAUGUUUUUAA